CGAAGCCUGAUCCCAGCUCCAUCGAGCUGUGCGAUCGUGGUGGCAAGUUGGGUCCAUUCUUGCCGAAUUGCCGUUUACCCGGCACCGUGUAUCACGGCAUGAUCAACAAUGCAGCGGUUGACUUUUACACGUUUCACGAGAAAUUGCCUGAUCAAGACUUUCAAGUUGUGCAAGCUGGCGACGCGAAGCUGUACGAGUCAACGGUCUACAGCAAGGAAGAUCAGGCAAAGCUGGUAGAAAAUUCAUCCAAGGCGCUUAAUUCGGCAGAUCAAGACCAAUCAGAUGCUUCUGAUGCCAAGUCGAAGUACAAACUGGCCUUGAGUGUUUUUGCAGAUGGGCGGGUUUCCAUUGCCACUAAAUCCCUCGCCAAGAAUGUGUUUUUCGUCGACCAAAGCAACUUCCGCAAAUAUUUCCCUCCUCUGUUGGGGCCCAUGUUUGACGGACUGAGUACGAUGGAGUACAUCAAGGACCAAGAGCAAAAGGCGGCGCAGGCGGCAGCCACGCCGAUGCUUGGCGCUGAUGGCUCCACGCCAUAA